CUGGUGUGGCUGCUGCCGGUGUCCCUGCUGCCUCCCUCCAGCCAUGUCGCGCCUCAGCUGGGGGUACGCGGAGCACAAUGGUCCUGUUCACUGGAACCAACUCUUUCCCAUCGCUGAUGGGGACCAGCAGUCCCCGAUUGAGAUUAAAACCAAGGAAGCGAAGUUUGACUCUUCCCUUCGCCCCCUUAGCAUUGCGUAUGACUCGAGCUCCGCCAAGAUCAUCAGUAACAGUGGCCAUUCCUUCAACGUCGACUUUGAUGACACGGAGGACAAAUCAGUUCUGCGCGGGGGGCCGCUCACAGGAAGAUACCGGCUGCGGCAGUUCCACCUGCACUGGGGGUCCACGGACGACCACGGCUCUGAGCACGUGGUGGACGGAGUGAGGUAUGCCGCCGAGCUCCACGUCGUCCACUGGAACGCGGACAAGUACCCCAGCUUCGUGGAGGCUGCUCACGCGCCCGACGGACUUGCUGUCCUGGGCGUGUUUUUACAGAUUGGCGAAUGUAACCCACAACUGCAAAAGAUCACUGACAUCCUGGAUUCCAUUAGAGAAAAGGGUAAACAAACUCGAUUCACGAAUUUUGACCCCUUGUCGCUGCUUCCUCCGUCCUGGGAUUACUGGACCUACCCGGGGUCUCUCACCGUGCCGCCCCUCCUGGAGAGCGUCACAUGGAUCAUCCUAAAGCAGCCAAUCAGCGUCAGCUCCCAGCAGCUGGCUGCCUUCCGCAGGCUCCUGUGCACCCCCGAGGGCCACACGGCCGCCUUCCUGCUGAGCAACCACCGGCCCCCGCAGCCCCUGAAGGGCCGCCAGGUGCGGGCCUCCUUCCACUGACAGCCAUGACCGGGACCAGCCCACACGCAUCGCGGAGAGAAAACAAUCCCUGCCGAUGGUUUCCCUAGCUCCGGUCAGGGUGCCCUGUGCCCUGUGCUGUCACCACAGCAGCAGAAUGUCCCAUCCCUGUGACCACUCCCGGCUUCACUCCCGGCCUGGGAUUCGCACUCGUGACCUUGGAGCAGGACACCGCCACGUGUGCAGAGCCAUGGGGUGCUCCCACCGCAGCCUGCAGGGACAUGGCAGCAUAGUGGACCUCAGUUCAUGUGAAGAAUGGUCCCUUGUGGUAGAGACCGAGCUAGUCAUGGUCUCCGCGAUGUUUAGUAGAAAUCCUGCAUUUGUGUCCAGAAUGAUGGGGAUACCUCUUCCUGUGGGUAAACUCUGCUUACCGUGUUGGUACAUUCCAGUUCAUUAAAAGUUGGUCAUAUUUCCAAUUUUAAAGUG